AUGGCUUCGAUCUCGCUGCCCCCGUCCCAAUCGGGAUUCCCGCCGCAGUUCAACAACCAGCCAAACGGCCAUUCUCGUCACCAAAGCAUGCAUUCGCCGCUUCCUAAUCCUCCAUUCGUCUUUCCAGCCCGCGAUCCUGACUCCCCCGACACCCAAUCGGAGGCCCCUGAACGUCGGGAACGGGCCGCAUUGCCCGCAUUCUCGUUCAAUCCUGGCUCUGAACAACCACAGUCCUCCCAUCUAUCGGCACCAUCAAUGUCACAUCCUCGCGCCGGGGGACAUCGUCGGCGACCAAGCGAGUUUGUUGGGACCGAUCAGCUGGUGACGCCAGAGACAACCGGAGCGGCCGAGAAGCGGGAGGAAUCUUCAAUGGCAACCCAACCACUUCCACCACCAGGACCUGGUGUAGGUAGACCCCCUGGACGACGGGGCCAUGCCCAUCGCCGCUCUGCUGCUAUCUCUGGUGUCGAUUUGAAUGCUAUCACCAAAGCCCUUGGCCCAAACUCCGGGGCAGGAAGUGCGCCGUGUACACCCGCCGAUCCUAAUCAUAAGUCUACAUCCGAUCUUCAUGCGCGGCCGCUCUCCCAGUCUGGAAUCAGCCUCGGACGACCUACGCCUCCUGCGUCUCCUCAAUUUCCACCCGUUCCUCCCGUUCCCCCCAUUCCGGCGGCUAUUCAAGCCGAGAUCGAUUCAAACCAGAAUUCGCAAGCCGCAAGGCCUGUGUCUAUGAUCUCGCAUGAAACAACGGACAGCUCGGUCACUGUCAAGCCACAGCAACUGGAGACCCCGCCGAUUCCAGAUGGAGUCAUCCCCAGAUCUGAUUACAAGCCGAAGCCUAGGCCGAAAACCGCCGAUGCGUCUUUAAUCAUGAAUUUUAUGGAAAUGAACGAUGAAUCUGGCGUUUCCUCCAUUAAGCGUUCGCAUUCAGCGGCGGGACACUCGCGCGCCCGCAAGAGCAAAUCAACACCACACCUCGAUUCGACUCUCUCCCCGGAUGACAGUAAUAUGACAGACCAUUCACGCCCGUCCUUCUCGGAUGAUGGCUCUGAAACAUCUGGGGAUGAAGCGACCGAAACUUCACCCUCCAAAAAGUCAGCUGCCAAGUCCAAGAAGAAGAAGCAGAAGCGUGUUCGCUCAUGGGCUGGCCACAUCCUCACCCGAACCAAGAGCAAGGGCAAGAGCAAGCGCCAUGGAAAGCCCGAAAUAGAAGAGCCGGCGCCUAAGCCUCGCGCUCCUGCGCCUCGGCCUCCUGCUUUAACCCGAACCAAUUCAGAAGCCGGAUCAGCUCUUGAUGUCGAUUUCGAUAAUGAUGAUGUUGUCGUCAUUCGCACUCCCACUAAUCCAACUGUUCCGCCUUCUGCCUUGGAGCCGAUUCAAAAUGAUUGCUCAAAUGAUCGGGGCUUGCCAGCACCAACUCUGGAAACCUCGUGGAAACCGAGGAGCUUCUAUGAGCAAGAUCUCGGACCACCCGAUAACAUGUUGAGCAGCCCUAUCAUUGAUUUAGAUGCUGCCCUUGGACCGUUCAAUACUCCAGACAUGCGACCCGUCCCGCAAGGUGCGCCUAACAACAACUUUUCGGUCGCUACCCAGCGCAUGUACAGCGGUGGAAGACGGGGCGAAUUUGUCGGCCCGGAGAUGCGCUACCACCGACGCACAGAAAGCGCUCCCGUGAUGCAACCUUUCGAUCGCUCUGCUCUCGCUCCCUAUCGCCUGGGUCCAACCUCUGCAGUCGAAACUCCCGACGUAUUCGACGAGGAGGAAGAGGAUGCUUUCCUGGCUGCUAGUCAGUCUCCACGAUCUCAAUCACCUAGAAUUGAGCGCCCUCGUUUCGAAUUCCCCUCGAUUGACAGCGCAGCAUUCUCAUCGUCGGAAGAUGACCGGAAGUCCAUCCAGAGCAACGAUACCGCGGACACUGGUAAUACGACUCGAGCCCCAACCGGGAGCAUUUCUUCCCAAAACGCAGGUCUGGGCAUUCAGCAAGAUGACAGAUCUACCCUAAAAGAAGAACCACGGCAAAGGACCGCGGCUGAGCAAGUUCAGACUGCCGAUAACCCAUUUACCAACAAGCCGCGCAGUCCCGUGGAGAUACUCCGGGCGGAAGAACCAACCCAUAAAUCAAUGGGACCCCCAAGCCCUGACGUGUCUCCCCGGUUCCUAGCUAUCGACAAGCGGCCAUCGACCUCGCCCAUCGAGCUCUUGCCUAGCAUACCCCCAUUUGCUCUGCACUCUGGAGGCUCCUCGGCUGGGGUCUCGCCAUCUGAUUCGUCUUUCCCGUCACCUGAUGCUCCACGGUCGAUUGCCGCGUCCUCGAUGAAUGACCGCAACUUCUCGAGUCACUCGUACCAUCAUCUUCCAUCGUCUGAAUACCCAUAUGCAUCGAUCGAAGAUGUUCCAUCUUUGACGAGCAGUGCAUCGACCAUGACCAACACCUUGAAUCGCUUCUCCGCGGCCUCUUUCUUUCCCCGUGGACGUCUUUCCACUGAUCGCGCAGCUUCCUUCUCGGGCGCUGGAACCCGGCGCACUAGCCAGGCUAAUCCUUCCAAGCGCUCAAGUCUAGCUAGUCUUUCUAAGCUGGUCGGUGGCCCCCAUUCCGAGCGGAGCAAACUCAACCAGGAGGAGAAACCCCCUGGCGAUGCCUCCGAGAAAAUGAAAAAGAAGGGCCGCCGCAUCAGUCGCUUGAUGCAUUUCUGGAAAGUCAGGGACAAGGACAAGCUAUCCGAUGAACCGAACGAACGACCCCAGUCGUAA